AUGGUAGACGAAGAUGUAGUCGUGACAGCAGAGAGGCUUGCAAAGAGUGCCCGGGAGAUCUGUCAGGCAUCAUUGGAGUUCGGGCUGGAAAAGAAUGACGACGACAGGGUGCAAGACCUCGUGUUUCAGCUUCGUGAAGUAUCCAAAGCUUCGUUACGUGUCGGCGCCGUCGUGAAUGUCGCGCCUGGGAGCUUGGACGCCGAUGCAAUCGCGCAAGAGGUCCCCUCUCAGGAAGAAGUCAUGGCGGACACAGUAGACCUUCUACAUGCCGGCUUCACGCUCGUCUACACCCUGGCGACCUCCUUAUUUUUCAGACUGCUACUUUUGGACCUCGUUCUCGUUGCACGCGACAUCGUCGUCGAAGUUGCUGUACGCGUGGAACAGGCUGCUAUCGCGGUAGAAAGCGCUGCUCAGAAGGUUGAAGAAACUGCGAGAACGGCCGAUGGUUCUGCAUCCCUCAACAUGCUUCGACAAGACGGCUUGCUCCAGAUAGAGGCAUCCUUGGAAGACCCGACGGCGAUGGGGGAUAGGGAUGCCAGCGGGAAGGUGGAGAUGGACCCAGGAGCGGAGAUCAGAAGAGCGGUCGUGAGGCGUCUGCAAGAGGCGAUGGUCCGGGCACACUCCCAGCCUGAAUCUCGAGCGGCUGUCGUCACGCUCCUGGCUUUCUUCCGCAAGUACGCCGCGAAGGUGCGGGCUGCUGCCGCAGAAGCUUCCAACGCAGAAUUCCCCGCUGUGAAGAUCGAACCGGUCAUUUCUACGGAUCCACAUCUCACGAAGGCGUUGGAAGAUCUCCGGGUGUUCCUAGAGCGCCUCGCCUCUGGCUAUCCUUUGGCUCCCCUCCAAAACGUACUCCUUGUCACCUUCGUCGACAUCGUCACGGUCCCGGCUUCCACUAUUUCCGAGAGUCCCAGCAAGGCUGCCAUGCGGAGCUGGAUCUCGUUUCUCGGGUCGUGGCUGGAAGAUGCCCUCGCUGAUCCCGGCUUCGCGAUCUCUGAAUCCGGCACUGCGCAGCUAGAAGCACUCUACGACAAGGCACGCGAGAUAAUCGAUGACGCGACAGACGAAGAGGAUGAAGAGUGGGUCGUGCACAUUCGGACGCUGCUCCAUGAAGUCUCGGCCUUCACCUCGGCUCUUGAGCAUGACCGCGCAACACGCAAUCUUGUCGAUGCUCUAUCCGAAGCCGUGUCUAGCUUCGCUCAGCUCGGUCUCCACGCCGGAAAGGCAGCCCCUCGUGCCACUACGCGCGCGCGACACGAAGCCUUCAAGCAGGUCGCGCUCUGGAUCCUCCCCCGCGUGAUGCGCAUCGUGGACGCAAUCCCGAUGCCUCGCGUCGAGUACGUUGACGACAACAUUGAAGCAGCGGUGGACGCGCUCCUCAUUUCUGCACCACGAGGGUCUGGCGAUCCGGUUCGGCUGCGAGCGUCUCUGGUCCCCGACAAAGUGCGACUUGAAAGCUGGAACCAGGUCGUUGUAGAGCUCAACACGACAUCUACGACUCCCCUGUCCCCCUCGGACUCAGUCGUUCACGCGAAAACAAGGGCGCGACUCCACUUCGAAGGCGUACGUUUCUCCGCUCACGACAUUGCCUACUACCUGUAUCACAAGGGUGCGCGGAUGUGCGGCGCACGACUACCGUGCACGGCAUAUGAAGACGAGGGGCUUGUUAGCAUCGAUGUGGGUGCUCCAGGUUCGUCAAAUCAGGGCCUCAUUGCCGACGUCGAGCUCGAAUUCGACACCUCCGCUUCCUCGCGCGGUUUCUCUGCUCUCCUCCCCUGGCCUUCCUCGUCCGCAUCCCAACUUGUCGACUCCAACCCAACACCGCUCUUCACGGUGACGGACGUCCACCUCGACCUUUCUGGACUGCACAUAUCCCUGACGCGGAGCAAACACUGGCUGUUCAACGCGCUCAUCGUGCAGCCCCUCGCGGCCCCGAUCGUGCGCAGCGCCGUCGGAUGGGCACUGCGCCGUCAACUACAUGAUGCGCUCGCAUCGCUCGGCGCGUUCGGCGGCCGCGUCAAGGCGCGCGCGUCGCGCGACGCCCCCAGCGGUGGCGAGCCCCCGGCCCUAUCCGCGACGCAGUGGUGGACCGCGUUCAUGGACGAGCUUGACAGCUCACGCGGCUCUAGCGACCUCACCUCCGACUCCGACUCUGACUCCGACGACGCGGAAACUCCCCCCGCGGAGAGCCACACCCACGCGACCGCACAGGGUAUCGUGCGCACGACGAUCGCGCAAUCGACGGGCGAGGCUGAGCCCGAGGAGAGCGCCCUCGCGGUGGGCGUCGGGGCGCAGCUCCUUCCGGGAAAGGGGGACCGCACAGCGCAACGCUGA